GCCAAGCCAGCCAGCAGGACUCGCAUUGAGGAUAGCACAGGAGCAGAAGCAGGAGCAGGAGCAGCAGCAGCAGCGGGAGCAGCAGCAACAGUGCGAUGGAUGCACGGCUUAUAAGGUGAAGCCCGAAACUGGAGCAGCUCAGUUCGCUGUGGGCAGGCGUCGCAGAAGGUAGUAGCUCUAUCCACCCAGCGGCACCAGAGGAAGUCCAGUCGGCAGCCGAGGGACCAGUCUCCCAGCCAGGAGUCAAUCGAAUCAAACAAAAAAAAAAAGGAAAAGAAAAAGAAAGAUCCUAGAGCAAACCGACGGCGGUGUGAAAUUGAAACGGAAAGCGAGAAACGAGAAACGAAAAGCGAAAAACGACAUGCGAAAUACCAAAUACGAAAAGUGCACAACCAAAAAUUAUGCUAAAAUAAAUAUUACAAAAGAGAGCGAAGUAGACUAACGCAAAAAAAAGUAAAAAAAAUCCUGAAAGCAGCAGCAAUUUGCAUCAGAAAUUCCGAGUUCUGGUCAAAACGGAGCAGCGUGUCAAUUUAUGCAGCCAUAAAAGUUGAAGGCGAACUCGAGAGCAACCGAAGAGGAAAAGGAUUCCCAUUCACCAGUCGCAGCAUUAGCGGACGUGCCCCGCAUGCCAACAUGAUGUAGUAGACUCGCUAGUCCCCAGCAAGGACAACUCAACUCAAUACUGUUGCUCUGAUGAUGCCCCAUUUCUCGUGCCAUCGAAUUGUUUGCGCCAACGAGUCUCGAUAAGCGAAAAACGGCGCAAGUCUGGACCAAUUUAUAAUCGGGGUAGGCAAAUCCCGGGCGCAAGUUUCCAAGUGAUUAAUUUCGCAAAAAAAAAAAACGACGAGGAGUAGGAGGAGUAACAAGUUGAGCCAAUUACCAGCCAGCCAGAUAAGAAAGCCAGAUGCCGCCAUGAGUUUCCUCAGCUCCAUGCAGCAAUAUGUAACAAGUGGCAUCUCGAGUUUGGGCCUGGGCAAUCGACGCUUCUCGCUUUCCCGCCAGGAGUCGAGUGAACAGCAGUCGGGGAUCGGAGGCGCCACAUCUGGCGGCCUCGUUUCCGGCCAGCCGCAGCAGCUGCAGCAGCAGCAGGUGCCGUUUCCGCAGCAGCCAUUGCAGCAGUCACUUCCGCAGCAACAACAGCAACAGCAGCAACAACAACAGCAGCAGCAGCAGCAACAUGGCCACGCCCCCUUGCAGCAACAGGCGAGCAUCGGCAGCGGACUGGGCGUCUAUGGCACCCCUGCCCCGCCCACCGGAGUGGUGGCAUCUUCGACGUGCGGCAGUAAUUACCCCUCCGGCGGGGUGGUAAUCGGCAAUCCAAAUGCCACCAAUCCAUUACUGGGUUACCCCAAAAUACCAGGUGGUGCCGCGGGACCCGGCAGUCCCUCGACAUCCGGCUCCGUUGGGCCAGGUGGCACGCCCCAGUCGCGUCGCCAGUCGCGGGCAUUGGAAUGCCUGGCUCCACCGCGCACCGGAUCCUUCAGGCAACGCAAUUCGCCACUGCAUCAACCGGAUCCGCCGCCUCGUCCGCCGCUGGCCUUCUGCAAACGCCGCCUGAGCUGGCCCGAAGUGGAUCCGCGCUCCAAUUCCGGCGUUCAGGAAACGGAUGGGUCGUACUUCGAGAACUUUACAUCGCUGGGCUGGAAACGUGAAAAUCGUCGCAUGUCGGCCACGCGUGCCGCCGAAGCACGUGCCGAGGCUAAUCCCGAGAAUGAACGUGAUCCGCCGGCGGGUGAGGAGUCCAUUGACCGCCAGGACGAGAAGGAGAAGCUGUAUGCGGAGGUGCUGCACACCAUUGCCAAUACGGUGGGCGCACCGGCUCCAGGUGGACAGUUUGCACACUACAAGGACGAAAUGUAUCUGCACGCACAGCGCGCCUUCGGUGUCAAUCCGGAUCGUCAUUAUCGCCUGCUGCACGCCUCCGCCGAGGAUAAACCAAAGAUAAUCGUACUCUCUGCGGUGGUAAUCGAGGCUGAUGGCCUCGAGGCAAAGGAUGCCAAUGGUUUCUCGGAUCCGUACUGCAUGCUGGGCAUCCAGCCGGACGAAAACGGCGGUCCGCCCGUGUCGCCGCUGCCGCUGCCGCCGACGCCGCGCGCCCUUUCGGCGGACAUGAGCGGCGGCUUUGAUAAUAGCGCCACGGACUCGCCGCCGCACCGGAAGCACAGCUUCCGGCUGAGCUUCAAGCGGCGGGAGGCGGGACGGCGGGAGCAGCGCGACUCACUGGGCGGACCGGUACCGGCCAAACUCAUUAAGGCGACCAGCAUCAAGCCGCACACACUGACGCCCAAGUGGAACGAGAAGUUCAAAUUCGACAUAGAUGACAUCAAUACGGACACCUUUCACCUGGACAUUUGGGACCACGACGACGAAAGCUGCGUCAUGGACGCCGUUUCGCGACUGAACGAGGUCCGUGGCGUCCGUGGACUGGGUCGCUUCUUCAAACAGGUGUGUCAAUCCGCUCGUCAGGGUUCGCAGGACGAUUUCCUGGGCUCCGUGAACAUUCCGCUGUCGGAGAUCCCGUCCACCGGACUGGAUGCCUGGUUUAAGCUGGAAGCACGCAGUCAUCGCAGCACCGUGCAGGGUCGCAUCCGGCUCAAGUUGUGGCUUUCGACUCGCGAGGAUCGGAGCACUGUUAGCGAGGAGAACCACGAGCAGCAGAUCCACAAGGUGGAGCAGCUCCAACAGGUAUUUAUGCAGCACGAGGUCACCACGCACGAGCCUUCGUGGACCUGGUGUGGUGACCUUCCGGGUCCGGCUCUGACCAUUCUGCAUCAGCUGGCCGUGCAGUCGGAUCUCUCGGACUUACACUGCGCCAUGGCCAGAUAUGUGGCUGCUGCCAAACUGAAUCGAUCUACCCCGCUGGACCCCAAGUUCCUGCAUCGCCUGCUGAGCGACGUGGAGAAGCAGUGGAAUCAGCCCAACCAGGAGGCACUCAGUCGAGAUCUGGAGCAGUGGCUGGCGGAUGCGAUGAAUGGCUUCGUGGAGCGCUCCCUCAACCAAAUCCGUCGGCACAGGGACAUCUUCCCAGCCCUCAAUCCGCCAUCUCUAAUUCGACUGGAAUUCCUGCUGCGCUGCCUGGGACUCCUCGGCUCCAUGCGGGCCUUUCGCGCCGUCUGUCCAUUCAAUAAGGGCGUCAGGGGCGAGGUGGUCAAUGCCCUGCGCAAAGGGUCCGUGAUGUGGGGCCAAACGGUGAUGCGGGAAUCGCAGUCAAUGCCCAAUCCAUUAUCGAAUUUCGUAACAACAUUAACGGCGGACAUUCAGCUGGGACAGACGUACUACCAUGCCCUCUUCGACAACACGAAUGGCAUACAGUACUUCAGCAUCAUCUACAAACAAUACGAUGCGAUGGUGGGCGAGGAGGUGUACAGCCGGAUGGCCGCUGGCCAGGUGCCCGGUGUGCGAAUGAACCUAUCCCAGUACGCCGUGCUCGAAGGCGAUGCGGAGCCGGUGGACACCAAGCCGUUCGAGUUGUUCCUGGCCCUGCAGGAGUUCUGUCAGCUGAAGCGACACCUGUCCGCCCAGCCUCAGCCGCCGGAGAAGCCAUUGGCGUUGAGCAACAGCCACGAGUGGUUUAUACCUACGCUGGAGCGCUGGAUGAUGGUGAGCAAGGCCAAGGCGCUGCAGAGGAUUAGGGCGGCCAUACGUAUGGAUGCCAUAUGCGAAGGUGAGCGAAUUGUGCGGUACAGCAGCUCCUCGGUGGACACGGCCAGCACGCUGCUGAACAUCAAGGAGUUCUGGAAGGUGCUCAAUUGGCCGGAUGAGGAUACGGCCAUCAUGAUGGAGUCGCAGCUCAUCGAUGUGGUCUGCUCGGCGGCCAUGCACUAUUGCGAUUUAAUUCACACCGCACUGGCGGACAGUGGCUACUACGAGCAGCAGGGUCCAUUCCGGUGUUCGGAUGACAUGUGUGUGACCGUCAACAAUGUGGAGUAUGUGCGUCGUACUCUGGCGGAGUUUCGUUCCGAUGAGCAGCCGCUGGAGGAGUCGGCCGAUAAUCUUCUCGAGUCCAGUCUCACUCACAUGGAGAACAGGUGUGAGCGGAUACUGUCCAAGUUGGCUCCACUCAUGCAGAUGUCACUGCAAAAGGCCAUGUUCCAUCUGGCCUGGUCACCCGACUCGCUGCCCGCAAAUCAAGCCAUUGUACCACUGCUGGAGUACUUGGAUUGCCACCUGGCUGCUCUGAACAGCGCCCUGCUCACCAAGAACUUCAACCGAUCGCUGCGAUUUAUUUGGAAGACGGUUCUGGGCGAGAUGUCCCGCCAAAUGGAAACUGGUGAUGAGACGGACAAGCCGACUCAUUUCCACAAGCGACUCUAUGAGGCACUGCAACUGCUCAUCGAUUUCUUUCAUGCCGAGGGUCAGGGACUGCUCCUGGAGUGCCUGCACACCGAGGACUUCUGGCGCAUCGAGCAGCGGCUUCAGUUCCACAAAACGGACACGGAUCGGCUGAUCGACAUGUUCUAUAUGCAACGUCUGAGGGAGCAGCUGAUGGCCGUCAUGCCCUCGCCAUAUGGAUCGCUGGCGGUGAGGGCCUACUUCAACCACGACUCGCUCUGCGUGGAGGUCCUGCAUGCCAGGGAUGUGGUGCCCCUGGAUCCGAAUGGCUUCAGCGAUCCCUUCGUGGUCAUUGAACUACUGCCGCGAAGGGUUUUCUUGCACUGCAUGGAGCAGCAGACGAAUGUGCAUAAGCGUACACUCAACCCCGUUUUCGAUGAGUGCUUUGAGUUCUCCGUGACCCUGGAGCAAUGUUUGACCGAAGGAGCCAUGAUUUGUUUCACGGUGAUGGAUCACGAUGUCCUGACGGCGAAUGAUUUCGGUGGCGAGGCCUAUUUGGCACUGGGAAACAUACCCGGUGUGGCUGACUACAGUACGAGUGUGGACAACUUCCAUGGACUGAAACAAAUCGAGCUGCCACUCAUGGAGCAAAAGGAUAAAUGCAAUCCCAUUUUGCAAAUCCUCGAAGUGCGCGUCAAUGACAAGCAGGCUCAGGACUUUGUGCGCAAACAGAAAUCGCGGUUUAUCAAUUGAUUCUAGAAAGGAUAACAAAGGAAACAGGACUACCGAACGAACCGUUUGUAAAACGUUGAAAAGUGCGGAUCGAGCAAUGUAAUUGCAUCGAUGGCGUUGAUGUUGAUAUAACUUAACCAAUCUAAAUUGUAUCCAAACCAGCAUUGUAUGUAUUGUACUUAAUCUAGUUGUUCGACAAAGACUCCUCAUUCUCUUCAGUUUGUAAAUGUUAGCAAGGAAUCGAAAUUCAAAUGGUGCAAAAGUGACGAGUGACUACAAAUCGGGGAAUUCAGAGAUUCCCCAGCUCUACACACAAAAAGUUGCUUGAACAAAAUUAUGAAUAAAUUGAAACACAAAUUAGGGACUUAUUAGAAGCCUAGCAUUGCUGAAAUUGUCACAAAUUGGCAAUCAAACCAAAGUUAUCUACAGCAAAAAUCACAUAUGCGAAACACACACAAAAACUUGAGCUAUCUACUCCAGCACCCAGAUGCGUUUUGAAGACUUUUACCAGAAAAAGACGAUAUACAUUGUUGAAAACUCGCAAAAUAUCACUUGUACACUGAAACACUUUUUGGGUCAAUUUAAACGAAAUACGAAUAAUAUCAGCAACAAGUAUACCUAAUUAUACAAGCCACAAUUCAGCGUCACAUAUUUUCUACCAUACGCCAAGAAACAAUCAAAAACUGCGUAACUCUGAGCUUCUUUGAAAACCCCCCAAAAAGAAACACAAGACACGAUAAUACACUUACUAUACACAGACAGGAGAAAGCUAUUUACAAAAUAAAUAUUAAAUAUGAGAUAUAUGUACAUGAUUUGUACAUUUUAUAUCACGCCCAAAGGACAGUGUAACUAAGUCUAAAGUAUAUUUGUAAACUAUUUUCUGAGCACAGAUUUUGUAUAAAUUUAUUAGACACGCGCUUGUCCCCAGAGAGGCAGCCUUCAGCUCUUUUGCUUAUACACAACUUAGGGCUUUCCUUCCCAUCCCCCACCCACUUUUAUGGAUCCAGUCUCCUUCGAAAAGAACCCCAAACCCCCAAUUGGUUUAACCCACCCAGAAGGACUCGCUUCUAUUGUAAAUUUUGUACUAUAUACAAGGGUCUCUAUGAUGAAGGAACUUAAAACCUAUGCACGCGGUUAGCUGUGUGUGUGUUAUAAAUAAUUGAAGAAAUUGUUGAAACUGUAACUCUUAACUGUAAACUGUAGCAAGAACUUUUUAUACCUGUCGCUAGGGAGGCAGUGGGCGUGGCUGAGGACAAUUUAAGUGGGUAAAAACUGAGGAUAAAACGAAACUAAACUAAAACUAAACUACUAAAAGAUGCACAACAAAGAUGAAAAUCCAAGUCAAAUUACAACUAAAUAUUUUUAAUAUUUACACUUAACUCAAGAGAUCUGCAAAGAAAUUUCAUGAUUGUUAAUCACAAGUAAAUGGAGUAUUAUGCAAAGAUGAUAUACAUAACUAUAUAUAGAUAAAUGGAUACAAACUUAAUCGAUAAACAAGUAUUUAGUUUGUAAGAUAAUUCUUUGGUUUCUCAUCACUGCACAGCCAUUCAACCUUUUUUCACUUCAAAAACUUCUUUUUUGAGUUGUGUUUUUCUAUAGUUAUUUUAGUCUGCCAUCGCCAAGACAUCGACAGUGAUCAGUGACAAUCCUGGACGCAGGGAUGUUAGGAUCCCGAGUAAAAGAUAUGAAACAUCGAAGUAGAGUCAACGCUGUACGAUCAUAAUUUCUUCUAAGUACUCCCACUUUCACUCAGUAUCUUCCAAAGGGCACUCGUUAUUUUCGAAAACUACCCACUUCAAACUGCUAUCUUCCAGAAUGCAUGUGCAGCAAAAAGCCAGUAAGCAGACAAAUAGUUAAUUGGAUAAAUAAUUAAAUAUAGGCCAGAGUUUGCUGUACUAACCAACCAUUAACUACUGUGUUGAUAUGUGUACCUAUGAUAAUUUCACAAAUUCAAACACACACGCGAUCGAAGAAGAACAAAUAAAAUGAAAUCAAAUCAAAUUAAAUUAUUCAUGUUACUAGCACUAUUUAACAAACAAAAAAAUGUGAAAAAUAUAUGAAGCAGGCAGAGUAGGAUAAUUUUAAACAAUUGUAAAAUUUCAUUUCAAAGCGAAACUGAUAGAAGAAUGCGGAAAUUGGCCAAACAAUGAGACCAAACGCAUUUCCCAACCGCAACAAACCCAACAAGCAACUGAAACUGUGGAAAAACCAAGGCCAAAACAUGCAUAAACCUAUACUAGAACUAAAUAUAUAUAUAUAUGUAUACAUACAUAUUUGAAUGUGCAAUUGUUGUGCUAGUUACAGAAUACAAAGGAAACCUACAAAGAGCCCUCCUACAUAUACAGAUUGCAAAUGCAAAUACGAAACACUUUUAAUUGCCACAUUUACAAGCGACCAGCAGCUGAGAUACAAAAACUGCAACUAUUUUCGAUGAUAAAGAAGGUAACAUGUAUUUAUUUCCCCGUUUUAUUCAGGGCACAUAAUUCCCAACCAACAAAAAAAAUAAAAAGAUACCAGGGACUUGAAACUAUUUUUUGUAUGCCAAGACAGAACUAAUUAAACAAUCCACCGCCGAAUCUUGAUAUCAAUAUUUUGAAGGAAACUACUGAAAACCAAGCGUAAAGAAUAUAGUUUUUUAAAUGUGAAUGCAAAUACCAACGGGCCGCAAUUCAGGUUCCUAAGCUCCCCUCCGUAAAUAUCUGAAUGGAUGUAUCUGAAUAGCAAACACCGCAAACACUAAACUAUAGCUAAGUACAUAAAUGUGUGUCUGUGCCACAGCUAAUAUCAAAUCAAAAUGAAAUCGAUACGAAAGCGAUAGGGAAACUAAGAAUGAAACCGAGGACGAAACCCCUUAAAACAUAUUCAAUGUAAAUUCAACAAAUGCUGCAGCAAAUAAAAAAAACAUUAUCAAAUUCAAUCAAUAAAUGUCAAUGAAUAAUUAA